AUGGCUAGUUGGCGUAAAUUCAGGAUUUGUCUGGUUGUUAUUGUAGAAGGUAUUUUACUUUGUCGCUCUCAACCAGUUAAAGCAUCUGUUGAAGUUGUUGAAAUGGUGAAAGACAUUAAUUUCUUUCUUAAAUAUCCUUGGGGAAGACACUCCUUUCACCGAAUUCUGCGGACUGCCAAAGUUGGUUCUUAUAUUCUCGACACUGCCUCCCUUGUAGCCAAGCUUAGACAAUCCUCUGUUGCAAUACAUGGUUUUCCUCUUGCAAUUCAGCUUUUUGCUUUCAAGUAUAUCCCGUUGCUGCUUAAGUACUUGCCUCAUGCUGGAGAAGAGUUUAAUUUCCUUGACCAAGUCAUUCCUCGUCUUCCUAAGUGCAAGUCAUACCAUUCAUCAAACAUUCUGCAUGUAGAAUAUUCACGACAACUUUUUGUUUUGCCUCCAGCAUCAGGUGAUGCUGCAUUUCUCGCGUCUCCGCAUUGCGACCCAAAGGUUAAACAGUUAGAGGGCCUUAUUGCAUCAACUUUUAACUUCGAUAAAUCUAUUUGGCCUGGUGGUAAUAGCUCUCUACCAUCCCUAAGGUCUUCCCGAAAGCGUAAAUGCAACCAUUGCCAGUCUGAUAGCUCAAGUUCUGCUGAAGAGCCAGAUGCCAAAAAGGUUACGCGGGAUCUGCGGUCUCGUUCUAAGUCGAAGGCUAAACGCUCUCAGACACUGUCUCAAAAAAAUGUCAAAUCUUUGAAAGCAUCUCUUAUUGUUGAAGUUCGCGAGCUUAUUGACAAAACUCUCCAUGAUAAUACAGUUGUGUCAACGACUGUUAAUGUUACUUCUCCUGUUAAUCCUGCAUCUUCUUUGCCUCGGCGUGUCACACGCUCUGCUUCUACUGCCAUGUCUGUAGAAUCAGUUGCUAACUGUUCUACUGCACGGAAAAAAAGCUCCGUUGCUUCUGCUAAACUUUCAGCUUCGGCUCACACUUUAACUGAGUCAGCCCAUAAUGCGCUCCCUUCUCCCAUUAGAAGUCCCUCUUUAUCAACUGUUUCCUCUCAAGGUUGUACUGGCUUUCGCAACUGCCCCACUGGUGCCCCUCCUAAUGUGCCUGCUUCUCCUGUCGUCAGUGGUAGCCAUGCCCCUGCUGUUAUUCCCUCUCCGGCAACUUAUCCCGUUUCAUCUUUGUGUCCAGACAAUAUAGUGUUUACUGAGAAAGCUUUGCGCUGCCCAUCUUUGCUUCAUGAAGCAAAGAAGUUAACCCUCAAAUCCUCCUGCAUUCCUUCUGCGAGUGAUCAAGGCCCUGCUUCUAACCAUGCUCCGGAAGUGUCAAACCCUCAUUGUCCUCACCCCUCGCCCUAUUUGUCCACUACACCGGGGGUUGCCCCAAAACAUAACAAAAAUCUGCUUCCAAACCAGCUUAGUACGUCAUCCACACAGCUGAAAGAUGUAUGUGCCUUGAACAGUACAGCGGGACCUAGCCCUUUGUCCUCACCUGUUAAACAUUUGCUCCAAAGUACUUCCCGGAAAACAAUGACAAGGAGCCAAGCUCGCAUAGCUUCACUUCCUUCUGCAAAGUGUAGUCAACAGCUACUGGUUUCUGGCCCUGCUAUGAAUCUUCGUAGCAAGAAACAAGCUCCCAAGCCUCUUGUUGGUGACAGUUCUGAAUACAUUUUAAGUACACUUGAAGCUAUAAACUCUCCAACUGUUUCAAAAUUUUUAGUCAAACUUUCAAAGCUUCAGGGCAGUGAAUACACUAUAAAUGGUCAGCCAUACCCUGCUGCCUUCUUCUCUGAGAUAUCUAAGCCUCAAAACUGGGUUUCAAGCUUGGUCAGUCUCAUCUUCUCCACAUCUCAUUAGUAUUCUUCAUUUCAAAUCUUACUCUUUCAUAGUUCUUACUCCCAUUGUCUCUGAUCUCCAUUGU